GAAAGAAUUAAUCAUUGCCUAGUCACUUUUGGUGAGGUCAAUCGUCUAUACCUUCCCGUUUUUAUUCAAUCGUUAGCGUCGAAUAUUUCCACAACCUUCUACUUCCACCUUGACAAAACAACAAAUUAUAAGUGUCAACGGAUCUCACUUCCUUUUCUGCUGAAUUUCUCUUAUAAAAUAAAUUUGUUUGCUUCAUUCAGCUGGUCGUUACUUCCAAUAACUAUCAAGCUUUCCUUCUGUUUACCAUGGGUUCCCUGGGUAUGAAGAAUGGAGGGGUAGCUUCACCUGGUGGGGCUUCUGCUCUUUUGCGAAUGAAGAAGGAACCUCUACCAGAGCUUCCACUUUCUGCUAUACCUCAGGCUCCUGACCAAAUUGACUCCAGAAUUAAGCAAUCGCGUAUAGAAUCUGGACCGCUGUCAGAUCCUCAGUUAUCCUCUGUUCCCGAAUAUACUGAAGUUUCCGUCAAAAAGGAACCGGGAAUUGAAGACAAUGAGAAGAAUGAUACCAUAUCGAAUGAGCAUCAGUUCGACUACAAAGAUGCUAUCGGCAAACUGUUGGGUAUCAAUAUGGGACAUGGAUUCAAUGUCUCAGAUAUCGACACUGAACCUAAGGCUGCCUUUAAAACACUCCUAGAGAUAAAAACCUCCGUUGUCCAUGCAGCCGUUUCUUGGAAAAACGCCAAAGAUGGUAAAAAGCCAAUUCUUGAGCAAUGGCGAAAAAUCAAGAUAUUUCUUUAUAUUAUUUCACGCGUCGAUCCGGUCACGCCAAAGUUUAGCCAAGAUCUCAAUCUCAAGAUGAUCCUCAAGUUCUUUACUGAUCCAGAAUUCAAGUUCCCUAAAGAAUACUGCAGCAUUGCAGAAGCCUUGAUUGAUAGAAUAGAGGCCCAAAAUGGUUUCGAGGCACCAAUGCCACCCCCACCUCCACCAGCAGCACUGACUAUCGAUAACCAAUCUGCUAAUGCGAAUAAAUACAAGAAGAGAAAGUCAACCGGCGAGACUCCUACCUCCUCGAAGAGACCUAGGGAUAAGUCGACCUCCGAAGAGAAGUCGACUCCUAGUUCCUCGGGUUACUCAGCUCCACCUGCUUCAGCCAGUCAUAUCUGGGGAGACACUGGUAUCAUGCGCGGCAUUUUAUGGAAACAGGGCGGGCAUGUACGGCUUAACAAAGAGACGUGGGACAGGUUUAAAAAAGAUUGGAAUCAUUUUGGUCACAAUGGUCUCACUGUUGGGGACUGCUGGCCAAGACAAAUGGCAGCACUUCGUGACGGUGCACACGGAGCUCCACAAGCUGGAAUCGUUGGAGAUAAGGAGCAGGGUGCUUAUAGUAUCGUAAUUUCAAAGCACUAUGAAGGAUUUGAUUUAGAUCUGGGAGAUACAGUCCACUACUCUGCCCCUGGUGCUAUAGAAUCUAUCACCAAAGAAGCCGAUUCUGGAAACUCAGGCGUAAUGGCUUUGAGACGAUCAAUCGAGACCAAAAAACCAGUCCGUGUUCUCAGAAGUGCUAACUGUGCUUGGAAACACGGUCCUGCCGCUGGAAUCCGAUACGAUGGGCUCUAUAGAGUCGUCGAGGGCACAGUGGGAACCAAUGGAAAGGGAGGAAAGUAUUGGAGAUUUACAUUAAAAAGACUGCUUCGAUUCAAUGGAAGUGAUCAGGUUCCUAUCAAUCUUGCUAGACCUACUAAGGAGGAAGUUGGUUUGUUUGAGAAGGUUAAAGAGGGUUAUUGAUAGGUAUUUGCUAUGCUAGGUCCUGGUAUUCGGGGAGUUUUUAAGGAGUUUGACUUGUGUUAAUAAGAGUUUUAUUUAUAUUAAUUAUAAUUAACGUGGUUUAUCACCGAGUGGAUCAUAUCACUGAAUAAAUCAUUUGAAAAUACA